CGAUUAAACUUGAGAAAGAAAUCUGUUUCAAAUCUCCUCAAACAAACAAAUCAACACUCUAAAAUAAUCAUGAUGCAUUAAUCAUAUAUGUAUGCGAAACAGUAUUGCAUUUAUGUGGUGAACUUAGUCUUACUACUCAGAGUAUUUAGUUUUAAACUACAUAAUAAAGAGAUUAAUUAAUUAUUUACAUAUAAUAACGAUUUGCUUAUGUUCAUUUAUUGUCACUAAUACAACUCAAUACAAUGGAUCAUGCUUUUUCAAUAGCUUCACUUUUAGAUGGUAAUGAAACAAAAUUAUUGAGUCAUUCAAACUAUACUACUAAUAAUAAUGACCAUACCUAUGACGAUGUUCAAAGUACAGUAGAUAAUAAUUCAAAUUGCAUUAUGCAUAGUGAAAAUAAUAAUACCCCUAAUUUAUUUUUACAAAAUAAUGAUUCUUUUCAGAUAAAUUCAUUGUGUACAACAAUGAUUUCUAAAGUGAAUUUACCAUUUAAUAUAACAAAAUCAACAAGACCAGUAAGUGAUUCUAUUUUCUGUUCUAAAUUACACCAUAAUGAUUUAUCCGACUCAAUUCAAAGACAAGAUGUUGACGGAAAUGAUCGAACAUUUUUAGGACAGAAAAAUCAAGGUAAUGAUGAUCCUAUUAAUAAUAAGAAUACUGAAAACCACUCAUCAUUAAAUCAAAUCGAGUGGACAUUUAACAAACAUUAUCAAAGUCAGGAUGAAUCAAAUCUUAAUGAAACCUGUAACAAUAAUACCUAUAGUUCAGAUCAUACUUUGCACAAAAAUAACGAAUUAAUUUCCUUGUUCAGUCACAUCAAUAAGAUGAGACAUGACCAUAAUAAUAAUAAUGAUAAUAAUACAGCCGAUCUUACUUCUACAGCUGCUAGUAAUACGACUGAUAAUUUUACUGAAACAUUGAUCAAAAAAUGGUCUACAAGUAAUGCACAAUUAAAUUUAGUCACUAAAUCACUUUAUGAUACCUCGAAUACACAUGAUGCGAAUGAUAAUUAUAAAAAUGGUAGUUUUAAUACAAAAAAGUUUGACAAAAAUUUGAAAAACAUGAAAAUAUUCACAACUGAAAAUCAUAAUAAUGAUCUAUCUAAGAAACAUUUAGAUACUAACCAAAUAUUACAAUCACAAAUACACUGGUAUAAUUCGAAUAUUAUUAAACGUUAUUUCGAAGGUCAUGCUGUUUCAUUUGGCUUAUCAUCAAAUUUUCUAAUUGGUAAAACACGUAGACCAAGAACUGCUUUUACUAGUCAACAAUUAUUGGAAUUAGAACAACAAUUCAUAUCGAAUAAAUACCUAUCAAGACCGAAACGAUUUGAAGUAGCUACUUCUCUUGGUUUAACUGAAACUCAGGUUAAGAUAUGGUUUCAAAACAGACGUAUGAAGUGGAAACGUUCUCAUAGACAAGGAGAUAGUGAAUCUUCAUCCCCAAAUUUAAUGGAAACAAAAUCUGAUGAAGUUCAUUCGGAAUAUGAAAAUUAUUGCAUAUCACCAACUUUAACAGACAACAACAACAUGAAUAACCAAGUAAAAAUAAGUAACAGUAAAGUAACAAAAUUCACUCAUCGAUGUUCAGGACCAAGAUAA